UUAUCUUUAAUUACUCAUGUCCUGUGUGAAGUUUUAAGAAAGGAAUUGCAUUUCUCCUUCACUUUUACAUGAGACAGGAUUUUGUUUUUUUGCUCGUCCUACAGCGACAUCGUGUGGAACCUGAAUCCUUUUUUGGUUUGAGAUAGAUGUUUCCUUCAUUCAUAAUUGUUCCCUGAAAAGCAGUGACUGUCCAGAGGACUACACAGGUCUGUACAUGCUAUUAUCUCACUAAACAGACUGGACACCAACAUGCAGUGGCGACUCAUUCUGCUGUGUGUAACGUUAUGGAGGCUACAAACGGGAUCAACCCAAACCCAGGAAGUGGUUUGUCCUGGUACACAGAACGGACUCAGCUCCACAGGCUCCCAGGAGAAUCAGUACAACCUGAUUAAGGACCGGUAUGAUGGCUGUGAGAUCAUCAUGGGAAACCUAGAGAUCACUCAAAUUGAGAGUAAUUGGGAUUUUUCCUUCCUCAAGACAAUCCGCGAGGUGACUGGCUACAUCCUUAUUGCUAUGAACCACUUUCAGGAGAUUCCUUUAGGACAGCUGCGGGUCAUCAGAGGAACCAGCCUGUAUGAAAGACGCUUUGCCCUCUCUGUCUUCCUCAACUACCCUAAAGAUGGAUCCAAUGGCUUGCGGCAGCUGGGGCUCGCAAAUCUGACAGAGAUUCUGGAGGGGGGCGUGCAGAUUAUCAACAACACGUACCUGAAUUAUGGCCCCUGGAUCUUCUGGCAAGAUAUUAUCCAGGAUAACAGUGCACCUAUUGACAUCCGGUACAACGGCGAUAGAGGCCCAUGCCACAAAUCUUGUGGAGAUUACUGCUGGGGGCCAAAUAAGGGCCAGUGUCAGAUCUUGACUAAGACGGUGUGCGCGCCACAGUGUAAUGGCCGUUGUUUUGGGACGAGCCCCAGGGACUGCUGUCACAUAGAGUGUGCCGCUGGAUGUAAAGGCCCUCUGGAUGUGGAUUGUUUUGCAUGUCGUCAUUUCAACGACUCCGGAGCCUGUGUGCCUCAGUGUCCCCAGACUCUGAUCUAUAACAAGCAGAAAUUUCAAAUGGAGACCAACCCUAAUGCCAAAUAUCAGUACGGAUCCAUCUGUGUCUCUCAGUGCCCCACACAUUUUGUGGUGGAUGGCAGCUCCUGUGUGAGCGUCUGCCCUCCAGACAAGAUGGAGGUGGAGAGAGAAGGCCAGAGACAGUGUGAGCUCUGCAGUGGACUCUGCCCUAAAGUGUGUGAAGGUACAGGUGCUGAACACAGAAAGACUGUGGACUCCAGCAACAUCGACAGUUUCAUCAACUGCACCAAGAUCCAGGGCAGCCUUCACUUUCAGGUCCUAGGGAUUCUUGGAGAUGACUUUAAUAAGAUCCCACCCCUAGAUGCCAAAAAGCUGGAAGUGUUCCACACUGUCAGAGAAAUAACAGAUAUUUUAAGCAUUCAGUCAUGGCCCAAAGAGUUACACGAUCUGUCCGUUUUUUCGAGUCUCACUACCAUUCAAGGGAGAUCGCUUCACAAGCGUUUUUCUCUGAUGGUGAUGCACAUCCCCACUCUGACCUCACUGGGUCUGCGCUGUCUCCGAGAGAUCAGUCACGGCAGUAUCUACAUCGGUCAGAAUGCCAACCUCUGUUACUACCACACUGUAAACUGGACACAGCUGUUCAGAGGUCAAGUUCGAAACAACAACCUCAACAACAGUAACAAGCCACCUGCAGAGUGUGUUGCAGACGGCCAUGUGUGUGACCAGCUGUGUUCAGACUCGGGUUGUUGGGGUCCGGGGCCCGAUCAGUGUCUCUCUUGUAAGAACUACAGCCGAGACGGCACAUGUGUGGACAAAUGUAAUUUUUACACUGGAGCUCCAAGAGAAUUUGCAGGACCUGAUGGCGAGUGUAUUGCUUGUCAUCCAGAGUGUAAGCCUCAGCAUCGAAAAGUUAGCUGUACUGGGCCGGGUGCGGAUGAGUGUGUGGAAUGUGAUCAUCUUCGAGAUGGUCCUUUCUGCAUGUCCUCUUGUCCCACUGGAGUCAAUGAUGAACAAUGGGGGCUGAUCUUUAAAUACCCCAACAGGGAUGGUCACUGUGUACCAUGUCACCACAACUGCACACAGGGAUGCUCAGGCCCAGGAUUAAACAACUGUUUGGGGGCAGCCAGGCUGGCAGUUAGUAGCGGUCAAAUCACAGGUAUAGCUUUAGGUGUCCCUGCUGGCUUGAUUUUCUGCCUGGCGUUGUUUUUCCUGAGUGUGUUGUACCACCGAGGCCUGGCCAUCCGUCGGAAGAGAGCCAUGAGGAGGUACCUGGAGAGUGGAGAGAGCUUUGAGCCACUGGGUCCUGGAGAGAAAGGUACCAAAGUUCACACACGCAUCCUGAGGCAGUCAGAGCUGAAAAAAAUCAAAGCCCUUGGCUCAGGAGUUUUUGGCACAAUGCACAAGGGAUUUUGGACUCCAGAAGGAGAUACAGUGAAGAUCCCUGUGGCCAUUAAGACCAUCCAGGAUAGCUCAGGCCGACAGACCUUCACUGAGAUCACUGAUCAUAUGCUGUCCAUGGGCAGCCUGGACCACCCCUACAUUGUUAGGCUGCUGGGCAUCUGUCCAGGCGCCAGUCUGCAACUGGUGACCCAGCUCAGUUCACAGGGCUCCUUACUGGAGCACAUCAGACAGCACAAGAACAGCCUGGACCCCCAGCGCCUGCUAAACUGGUGUGUGCAGAUUGCUAAAGGCAUGUACUACCUGGAGGAGCACUGUAUGGUCCACAGGAAUUUUUUCCUGCUGAAGAACGACUACCAGGUCCAGAUCGCUGACUAUGGUGUUGCAGACCUCCUUUAUCCUGAUGACAAGAAAUACGUCUACACUGACACCAAGACACCCAUAAAGUGGAUGGCACUUGAGAGCAUCUUGUUUCAAAGAUACACUCAUCAAAGUGAUGUCUGGAGUUACGGGGUUACUGUGUGGGAGAUGAUGUCAUUUGGGGCGGAGCCAUAUGCAUUUGUGCAGCCACAGGAAGUGCCAAGUUUGCUGGAGAAGGGCGAGCGUUUGUCACAGCCCCAUAUCUGUACUAUAGAUGUUUACAUGGUCAUGGUAAAAUGUUGGAUGAUUGAUGAAAAUAUAAGGCCGACCUUCAAAGAGCUGGCAAGUGACUUUACUCGGAUGGCAAGAGACCCACCUAGAUAUCUUGUCAUCAAGGUAGGAGAAGGAGGAGAAGCAGCCUCAGGAGAAAUUCAUAGAAGACAAUCAGAACGAGGGCUACUGGAUGAAGAUUUAGAAGACCAAGAUGAGGAGGGAUUGGAUGAUGUUUUGGCUACUCCUCCCUUUCACUCACCAUCUUGGAGUCUGUCUCGAUCACAGAUUAAUUCUUACAGGAGCGGCAACUCUCAGGUUGGACUUCUGGGAUACCAGCAAAUGAACCUGAGCCCUGUGGACAGCGUCCGCCAGCUGUGGUUUCAGAGAUCUCGUUUGAGCUCAGUGCGAACGCUGCCUGAGAGGUCAGAGGUCAGGGGGAAUGGCAGAGACGCAGAGCUGUGUGAGGAAGGUUUGAGGACUGGGAGUCUUCACAGGGCCAGAUUUGGCUCCGAGAGGGGUAAUCCUUGUAUAUUCAUUGGCCGACACAGGAAGCUUUCAACAGCGUCAAGUCCACCAUCAUAUAAGGUGUGGACAGCAGAGGAAGAGGAGGAGGUGGACCACUAUGGCUAUGUCCUACCUGGAUCAGCUGGUACUCCAGAAGGAGUCUCUAUAGAAUCUCAUUCUGUACAAAGAAACUCAAGACUAAAGAACAAUCGGUCUCUCAUGGUCAUAAAUCCAUCCCAAGAGUAUGAAAUCAUGACCAAAGGGUCUCCUCCUUGCUUAGUCAGAGGCAUCUCAUUACAGGAAGCUGCCCCUUCAGUGGCAAUUUCACCUUUGCCUUCUCCAACGUUCAUGGUUUCAUUACCUAUAGAGAACACAGCAGAUGAAGAAACACUGACACCAUUUACAGCUGUAAAGAUUAAGCAAGUAGAUGAGGAUUGUGAGGGAACUGCAGCAGAGCAAGGAGACUCCACAGAGAAGCAUCAGCUACCUGGGGACUCUGAGAGUGGGACCAGAGAUGUGGAAGAUUCAGGAGAGGCAGCCCAGGGGGUAGGCAGGUAUGAAUACAUGGAUAUCAGGCGAUCCAACUCUACGGAGAAAGAGGAUCCUGCAUGGGAGAGCUGUGGGAGUGAAACAUCUGCAAAGAGUGCUGUGGAGACAGAGGAAACAGAAAAAAUAGCGGAGGUGCUGAAAAAUGAGCACAAGGAGGAAGAGAAAGAUGAGAAGUACCACAACACAAACAAACAACCCACACUUCGGGGGAAUCUGAAUGGUGUGGGUAUACCCAGACCAGAUGUGCUCACAGCUGGGGAAGAAAUUGGGGAGGAGUAUGAGGAGAUGACCAGAUUUGGUGUGGUGCCCAGUGGGUGGGAGCAGGCAGACUACCAGAACCUCCUGGCGAAGGGGAGGGCUGUUUCUGAGGAGGUAGGCAGUGGCAGGUGUGCAGGGAUCGGGGGAUACAUCAAGGUGUGUGCUGGCAUAGGGGAGCCUGGCAGCAACACAUCAUUUGACAACCCAGACUAUUGGCACAGCAGACUGUUCCUCAAUCCAGAUGCUGUACACACCUAAUAAUGUGGACAGGGACAUGGACACAGUAAUUGUUGCAGUUGCCGUAGUUCCCGUCAUAUAUUUGGGGGGUGUUUUACAGCAACCAACAAGCUGCAGUAGCCUAAAUGCAUAUUUGAAUUUAAUUUCACAGUUUUAUGGUGCAGGAAAUAAAUGCUUAUGAAGAAAAUAAUUGUUAUAGCUGGCAAAAUGUGGCCCGGCAACAACAAGCAUAUAAAGUUUACCUGGCAUCACAUGAUGCAUUAAGGAGCAAGGAGUUCAAGUCACAAGUCUUAGAGCUGUCUUUAUGUACAGUUUAUUACAACAUGAACUGUUAAAUAAACAAAUUAUUUUGCAAUUA